AUGCCAGCCAGGCUGCCUUACAGGGAGACAGAGACACGUGGCCAUGCCACUAGUGUCCCAUUCUGUUUCUGUGUGAGCUUCAUUUGUGACACCUACAUAGUCCUUGCUCGGAAUAGCAGGGUACAAAGCAGCUCUGAUCUUCACGUCACCUUUGAUGAGCUACACACCAGCACACAGAAGAACAGGAGGCCAUGCAAAAGAGGGUCCAAUCUGGUGCCAGAACAGGCAUCCUACUUGGAUCCCCCUCCUCCGUGUUGA